AUGCCAAACUUGAAAAGAAAUUCUACUUGUUUGAUUGAUAAUGUAUUUGAUACAGAAUCUGAUGCUCAACCACCAUUAAAAAAAGCCAAACUUUUAUCAGUAUUUAGUAAUCAUGUUAAAACAAAGCUAAGAAAUCUUUCUUUUUCAAAAUCACUUUUUAGACCUAAAAGUAAAACAAAGUGUGAUACUAUUUAUUUUCCUGGUCUUGAUUUAGAAAAAUCACAAUCAAGUGAAAUAAAAUUGUUAACAAAAGAACCAAAGAAUAACAAAUCAACAAAUUUUCUUUAUUCAAAAAAUUUUAUACCUAAUAAUAAUUUUUAUAGAAAUAUAUCUUUUGAACAUACAAAUAUGCAUUUUUUACCAUCAAAAAAAUUGAAAAAUGAUAAUAUAAAAAAUUUUGUAACAUUUGAUACAAGUUUUACUAAAAAUGUUAUUGGUAAUAGUCAACCAAAUAAAAGAUUUAGAAUGGACCAAGAAGCUUUGGCAAAAAAUAUUAUUGGUAUGUAG